AUGGACUAUAUCAACAAAGAAGAUUCAGGUUCAGACUUGGAUGGUGAAGGCUGGAUUGUCAGCUUACUAGAGCAUGACAUCACAGACCUUGGUGCCAUCUCUGACUUCGAGGAUGAUAGAGAAUGGCAUGGUCCUAUUGUCAAUGACAACUUGGAUCAUGCCGCUGCUGAAGAAUUCUGGCAGAAAAUAUUUACCAAACCUGUCAACCAUCUCAAUGCUGCCCCUCUUAAAGCCAAGGGCAGUGUCAUAUCCCGUACCUCUGGAUCCGGAAUUCCGGAUCUACUCCAUUAA